GCAAAAAAAAUUAUGUCUGGCAACGCUAUCCAAUAGGUCUGGGAGCACCACUCUAAUCAGCUGUUCGCUGCGGAACAAACUGGAAUCGGAACACUGAGGUAAAUCGUUGAGAAUAUUAAAGGACACAUGUGACAGCAACAACGGUUAGAGGGAACACCUGCACAUUUCGCCUGGAAGGAGGCCGAAAGACACGCACAAUUAUAUAAUACCGGAAAACACAUGAGUCCGUACAGCGGCUCCGUCCGUCGUCUCCUGGACAGUUGGCCCGGAAAGAAGCGCUUUGGUGUCUACCGCUUCCUGCCGCUCUUCUUUUUAUUGGGAGCCGGCCUCGAAUUCUCCAUGAUCAACUGGACGGUGGGAGAGACUAACUUCUAUCGCACCUUUAAGCGCCGUCAGGCCAAGAACUACGUUGAAGAGCAGCAGCACUUGCACGAAAGACAGGACCAGAGCUCGAAGUAGAGAGAAAUUAGCAAUCAUGCCCGCCGGAGUCUCGUGGGGUCAGUACAUGAAGUUUCUCGGCAGCGCCAUGCUGGCCAUGAUGGCCGGCUCCCAGGCAGUGCAUCUAUACUACCGACCGCUUGAGGAUCUGCCCGUCUAUAUAGAGCGGGAGCGGCAGAGCCACGACCCUCAUCCAGAUCCCAAGCCACCAGAAUCAACAUAAAACUUUGUAAUUCUUUUAACUAAAGUUAGUUAAGUUAA